AUGUUCAACAUGAUUUGUGUUGGGAUCGCCUUUGGGCAGCAUCGUAUCCAUGAUAGCGAGGUCAACAUGUUGUUGUUGAUGUUCAUCUCGACAAGGUGCGGGAGUGCAUCUGUCAAGGCCAAGUUCACUGCCAGGAGAUGCAGAGGCAGGAGGAGCUACAAACAUACUGGGUGCAAGAUCUAUGCCUUCAAUGCUGUUGUGCGAGAGCGACAGGCUAGUCAAGCAGGGGACGUUCUUCAGUGCCGUGACAUCCUUCAGCCCAAGUCCUCUCAGCACCAGCAGCUCCACCUGCCGUCGCUCGUCACUCAGAGGUCGAACUGUCUGCUAGAUCUCUAG